UUCCCUUUUUGCUUAACCCAUUUAUCGCCGCUUCAGAUGCGCUUUUUUCACUCGUCGCUGGUUUUUGUAGGUUUUGCGGCUUUUACCUUUCGAUCAGACGAAGGAAAACAUAACAGAAGAGGGAAGCAAGUCCGAUAGCGGAGAACAAAGAGAGAAGGAGAUACAUACGGGAACUCGACAGAACAUCGAGAGAACAGGUAGAGAGAGAGAGAGAGAGAGAGAAUUCGAGAGAACUGAGAGCGAGGGCUAAGAGAGGGGGAGAGCUCCUACCAGCUACCUUUCGGUCUGUCCUCUUCUUCCUCUCUCUCCAACGGAGCGUCUGCUCAGAAUCAAUAGAUAAGAUUAAGAGCCGCAAUAUAUAUACAAACAAGGAGAAGUAGACUGGGGGAGUUAUAAUAAUGUUCAAGAAGGCGUUCGAGGCUAAGAACCAGCAGAGGCUGUCUGGAGCUGAUAAGAAGAAGCUCCGAAGAACCCUCCGCGACAAGCUCCCCAGAGCCUCCGACUCUGAUUUUGAUGCCCUUCUUCCUCCUAAGACAGAGGUAACUGUUGCAAAGCUUCAAAAUCGGGUGCAUGUGUAUACUGUGGAAGGAGGAUUUCCCAUGUUCUUCGAUGUUGAUGGAAGAGGCUCCGAGAUAUUCCCCACAGUUUAUGCUUUGUGGAAAGCCCCUGAAAUCUUACCUGCUUUCACACUUAAAGGAGGGGAGGUUUCUCGCUUUAUCAUUGGAGGAGCGGAUUUGAUGUUUCCUGGGAUAAGUGUACCGCUUGAAGGCCUUCCUUCUUUUACAGCUGGCGAACCAUGGGCAAUAAAAGUUCCUGGUAACCCAGCUCCAAUUGCCGUUGGAGCUACCACCAUGAGUAGCACUGAAGCAAUAAAAGCUGGAUUGCGUGGAAAGGCUUUAAGGAUAACUCAUCACUAUGGAGAUUUACUUUGGCAAUCAGCGGAGAGCCACUUUGUGCCAAAUGCCGGGUUCUUAGAGGACAUGGUUUUUGAGGAUCCUGCUUUUUCAUCAUCUUCUCAAGCUUCAGAAUCUUGUGAAGCUAUUAGUGUGGCCUUUAGUGAUCAACAGAAUGAUGUUGAAUAUAAAAUGUCUGAAACUGCUAGUGAUAUGAGUGUAAAUCCAGGUGACAAACUGAUUCCGGUGAUAAGCAAGGAUGCUAGUAAAGAUAGUGAUCAACAGCUAGCCACAGAUAUUGGUCACCUUGAGGUAACAGAUACUGUUUCUGCUGAUGGAUCAAGUGCUAAAGGGCUUCAUAAUGCCAAUGCUGAGGAUGUUGAUACACUUCUCGACAAAUGCCUUUUGCAAGCCUUGCAUACAACAGUUAAGGAUAAAGACCUUCCAAUGCCUGGAAGCACUCUAUGGUCAAGUCAUGUAUUACCCUGCAGGCCUUCAGGUGUCACCUUAGAUAUCAAGAAAUCAUCGUACAAAAAAUUGUCAAAGUGGUUGCAGGCCAAGUCAGUGGCAGGAUUGAUUACUGUGAAAGAAGACAAGUACAAGAAGGAAGUCGUAUUGUUAAGUGUCAACCGCAAUAUUGCUGAGUACACAAUGUUCAAGCCAGAAAGGCGGCUUGUGGUUAAAGCUGAGCAAUUGGGUGAUCAUGCUGCUGGUGAAAAUAAAACUCUUGAGGUUGUUGAGGUCUUUAAGUCAAGCGUCCAUGUCAACGCCAUUUUCGCUUCUGUUGGAGCUGAAAAGGAAAAGCUUUAUACUGCCUCAGAAGCUUCUGAUGUCGUAUUUAGGUAUAUUGACCAAGAAAAUCUGGUCAAGCCGACUGAUAAGUCCAUUGUGGUUUUGGAUGCAAUCCUAUGUGAUGCUCUUUUUAAAGGUUCCAUAAAGAAGGGAUCAGCAUAUCCUACUGAAGUUCGUAAAAAAGAUUUAGGGUCGAUGUUCAUUAGCCGUAUGCAACCGCAUCAUUUGGUGAGAAGAGGUGGGGAUUUAGUUGUCAGAAAAGGAGCCCUUAAAGAUAUUCAGAUAAUGACAGAACGGAGGCAGGGCAAUAAGAAAGUGACAAGACUCUCGGGUUUGGAAACAUUCAUGGUGGAUCCCGAGGCACUGGCAUCAGAGCUACAAAAGAAAUUUGCCUGCAGCACGACUGUGGCAGAACUUCCAGGGAAAAAGGGAUACGAGGUUCUGCUCCAAGGUGGUGUGAUUGAAGAUCUGGCAAGACAUCUCAUCGAACAGUAUGGGAUCCCGAAGAAGUAUAUAGAAGUUCUUGACAAAACAAAGAAAUGAACGUGUUUGUGCUCGAUCAGAUGUGAUGGCGGCUGUAUAUAGUUUACAUGUGAACUCUUCUUCCUGCUGCCGUGUUGAUCUUGGACCUCCACGCCUUACAUGAAUACGACCAAAAUAACUUGUUACUUCCGUGCACUACACUGCGAUGGUAUUUAUUUGGAUUCUGCAACCAAAAUGAUCUUACAUAAUAGUUCUUUUUUAUAUUUUAAAUAUUAUUUCCCUUC